CCUCUUUACUGGGUGCACUGCUUACAUGAAUCGUGCGUAAAUUAGCUAAAAAAUAAAUUAUCGAACUUGAAGUCAUUCGUUUACGAAUAUAUUGCAUUAUUCGCCCUAUGUUUCUUUAAUUAAAUGUAUGUGUAGUUAUAUCGUACACAAUUGAAAAUGUUUGCGGGCCUACCUGAACUUGGGAUAUCCAAUGGCGAGGAUCUAAAAGAAACACUGACUAACUGCACAGAGCCUCUGAAAGCCAUUGACCAGUUUCAGACAGAAAAUGGCAUUUUGUUGCCAACUCUUCAGUCAGCUCUUCCCUUCCUGGACCUUCACGGGACUCCUCGAUUGGAGUUUCACCAGUCGGUCUUUGACGAGCUUCGUGACAAGUUGAUGGAGCGAGUCGCCACUAUCGCAGAGGGCAAGGAUGAGGAACGUUAUGGUAAACUUGAAGAGCUUCUAGAGAAGAGUUUUCCACUGGUGAAGAUGCCCUCCAUUCAGCCAGUGGUCAUGCAGGUUCUGAAACAUCUUCCAAAGGUUCCAGAGAAAAAGCUGAAGCUUGUAAUGGCUGAUAAGGAACUGUAUAAGGUCUGUGCUGUUGAGGUAAAGAGGCAGAUCUGGCAGGACAACCAGGCUCUCUUCGGGGAUGAGGUUUCGCCCCUGCUCAAGCAGUAUAUUGUGGAGAAGGAGGCAGCACUUUUCAGCAGUGAUCUCUCUAUUCUGCACAACUUCUUCAGCCCCUCCCCCAAAGCAAGACGCCAAGGAGAGGUAGUCUUGAAGUUGACCCAGAUGAUUGGGAAGAAUGUGAAACUGUAUGACAUGGUACUUCAGUUCCUGCGAACCCUCUUCCUGCGUACGCGUAACGUCCACUAUUGCACCCUGCGUGCAGAGCUGCUCAUGUCCCUCCAUGACCUGGACAUCAGUGAGAUCUGUUCAGUAGACCCCUGCCACAAGUUCACCUGGUGCUUGGAUGCCUGUAUCCGUGAGAAGUUUGUGGAUGCCAAGCGAGCCCGGGAAUUGCAAGGUUUUCUGGAUGGAGUGAAGAAAGGACAGGAGCAAGUACUUGGGGACCUGUCCAUGAUCCUGUGCGACCCAUUUGCCUGUAACACCCUGGUUUUGAGUACGGUCCGAAACUUGCAAGAAUUGCUCAGCCAGGACGCUCUACCCAGAGACAGUCCAGACCUGAUGCUGCUGCUUAGAAUGCUGUCUCUUGGACAAGGGGCUUGGGAUAUGAUUGACAGCCAAGUCUUUAAAGAGCCCAGAUUGGAACUGGAGGUUGUAACCCGUUUUCUACCAGCCAUGUUGUCAGUAGUUGUGGACGACUACACCUUCACCGUAGAACAGAAGCUCCCCAGUGAGGAGAAGACCUCCCUCACUUAUCCCACAGCCCUGCCCGAUGCCUUCAACAAGUACCUGCAGGAGAACAGGGUGGCAUGUGAGAUAGGUCUGUACUACACCCUCCACAUUGCCAAGCAGAGGAACAAGAAUGCCUUACAACGGUUACUUCCCGCUUUGGUGGAGACCCACAACGAAAUGGCCUUUGGGGACAUCUUCCUGCACCUUCUGACAGGGCACCUCACCUUGCUCUCUGAUGAGUUUGGGACUGAAGAGUUCUGCUCUGCCGUGUUUGAUGGCUUUCUGCUCGCCUCUUUCUCCAGUAAAGAGAAUGUCCACAGACACACCCUACGCCUGUUGCUUCACCUUCACCACAAAGUGUUGCCGUCUUGUGUGGAGACCUUACUGAAAACCCUGGAACCCCCAAAACAGAGCAGUGACCAGGUGAAGGAGUUGUACACCCAGCUGACAGAGAAACUGGAGGCCCAAAAGAAGAGUCCUGCCCAGCCAGACGAAGCCCCCUCUCUUGACCUGGGGCUCCAUCCUGUUACAGUGCCCACGACAGCCUCCACUCCAACCACACCACUUUGAGAGGAGGAGGUAGGACGUAUCGAAAGAAACAAACCUCGCGGUUUGAAAAAAGGAUGCUGAUAUUACAUGUAGAAUUGAGGUCGGCUCAUGAAAACGUAAAAAAAAAAAACUGCAUAAUGAACAUUACAAUAUGCAAUUUCCUCUAUGGUUACUAUGGUCAAGGUUUAGUUUGUUUUCUAAUGCUUGGUUAUUUUUUAAAUGUAUUUUUAAGGAAGGGGGCAGUCCCACUCCUUUUGUCAUUUGUUUUGCUUUAUUGAAGAGAUGGUAAAGUGUAUGAAGACGGAGGCUGGACCAAACGGGCCACAGUGCUUGUUUUAUUUUAAAGCGGUCUAUUUUUAAGCAGUCUUCCAGCUUUACAAAUGUAAUUCGAUGGCAGUUAUUACUUUUAUUAAUAUGUAGUCUUGCUGAAUUAUUGUUCAAAGUAUGUUUUAAUAUGUACUGUAGCUAUCUAUCUAGACUGAAUGUCAAUGUGUGUAGGCCUACUGUUUGGUUUGUGUCAGUGGUGAAACAAGCUGUAAAUAAAAUCACUAUUUAGAAAUUAAGUCCCAAAAUAUUUUCAAACAUUAAAGUUGCCAAAGGAAGCAAUAUGACUAGUACAGGAAUUAAGUAAUCAAACAUACAGUACCAGUCAAAAGUUUGGAAACACCUACUCAUUCAAGAGUUUCUUUAUUUUUACUAUUUUCUACGUUGUAGAAUAAUAGGAAAGACAUCAAAACUAUAAAAUGACACGUACAAUGUGGAGAACAAGUAUUUGACACACUCCCGAUUUUGCAGGUUUUCCUACUUACAAAGCAUGUAGAGGUCUGUAAUUUUUAUCAUAUGUACACUUCAACUGUGAGAGACGGAAUCUAAAACAAAAAUCCAGAAAAUCACAUUGUAUGAUUUUUAAGUAAUUAAUUCGCGUUGUGCUUUGCUUAUUUUAGCUGUUCUUGCCGUAAUAUGGCCUUGACCCUAUUUGGUGAAAUACCAUCUUCCUUUUAUACCACCCUACCUUUUGUCACAACACAACUGAUUGACUCAAACGCAUUAAGAAGUAAAGAAAUUCCACGAAUUAACUUUUAACAAGAUACACCUGUUAAUUGAAAUGCAUUCCAGGUGACCGACUACCUUAUGAAGCAAGCUGAGAGAAUUCCAAGUGUGUGCAAAGCUGUCAAGGCAAAGGGUGGCUACUUUGAAGAAUCUAAAAUAUAUUUUGAAUUAACACUUUUUUUUGGUUGCUACAUGAUUUCAUGUGUUAUUUCAUAGUUUUGAUGUCUUCACUAUUAUUCUACAAUGUAGAAAAUAUAAAAAAAUUAAGAAAAAACCUUGAAGGAGUAGGUGUGUCCUUCAGGAAUGUGUGUGUAUAUUAAUGAAUGACUGAAUACAGCACUUCCUAUACAAAUGGUGUUGAAGUUUAUAUACUCCUUAGCCAAAUACAUUUAAACUCAGUUUUUCACAAUUCCUGACAUUUAAUCCUAGUAAAAAUUCCCUGUCUUAGGUCAGUUAGGAUCACCAUUUUUAUUUUAAGAAUGUGAAAUGUCAGAAUAAUAGUAGAGAAUUAUUUAUUUCAGCUUUUACUUCUUUCAUCACAUUCCCAGUCAGUCAGAAGUUUACACACACUCAAUUAGUAUUUGGUAGCAUUGCCUUUAAAUGGUUUAACUUGGGACAAACGUGUUGGGUAGCCUUCCACAAGCUUCCCACAAUAUGUUGGGUGAAUUUUGGCCCAUUCCUCCUGACAGAGCUGGUGUAACUGAGUCAGGUUUGUAAGCCUCCUUGCUCGCACACACUUUUUCAGUUCUUUCCACACACUUUCUAUAGGAUUGAGCCCGGUGCAGAGUUGUUAACAACCCUACGGUGCUUGGUUGGUGCCAGGUUUCCUCCAGACGUGACGCUUGCCAUUCAGGCCAAGGAGUUCAAUCUUGGUUUUAUCAGACCAGAGAAUCUUGUUUCUUAUGGUCAGAGUUCUUUAGGUGUCUUUUGGGAAAACUCUAAGUGGGCUGUCAUGUGCCUUUUUUUAUUGAUGAGUGGCUUCUGUCUGGACACUACCAUGAAGGCCUGAUUGAUGGAGUGCUGCAGAGAUGGUUGUCCUUCUGGAAGGUUCUCCCAUCUCCACAGAGGUGCUCUGUCAGUGAGGUCACCUCCUAGGCCCUUCUCCCACGAUUGCUCAGUUUGGCUGGGCGGCCAGCUCUAGGAAGACUCUUGGUGGUUCCAAGCUUCUUUCAUUGAAGAAUGAUGGAGGCCCCUGUGUUCUUUGAGACCUUCAAUGCUGCAGAAAUGUUUUGGUACCCUUCCCCAGAUCUGUGGCUUGACACAAUCCUGUCUCUGAGCUCUACGGACAAUUCCUUCGACCUCACGGCUUUGUUUUUGCUCUGACAUGCACUGGCAAAUGUGUGAUUAUAUGGACAGGUGUGUGCCUUUCCAAAUUCUUACAAAUAUAUUUUUUAUAACGUUUUUAAAUAAAUUUGCAGAAAUGUCUAAACCUGUUUUCACAUUGUCAUUAUGGGGUGUUGUGUGUAGAUUUGCUGAAGAUUUGAAAUCAAAUUUAAUCCAAUUUAGAAUACAGCUGUAACGUAACUGUGGGGAAAGUAAAUUUGUCUGAAUACUUUCCGUAGACAC